UCUAUCCGCCUUCCCUUUCAUGUCCUUCCUUAUUCCUCCUUUGCUUUCCUGUCCUGUACUAACCUCUCCAUUUCUCUCGUCUCGUCUCAUCUGCUCUCGUUCUCUGUCCUCUCCUCCCCUCCUCCUGUUCUGAUACAAGUAAUUAGCGAGGCCUCCAGCAUGUUCUGUUCACCAGUUCUGGUUCAGAGACAGCCAGGGCUCGUUAGCACCUGGGAUGUGUCAUAAUGAUGUAUAUGUUCUCCAUGAUGAGAAUACGUUCCCUGGCAAGAGAACAAUGUGGAUUUAUGUCCUGUGAUUAUGCGACUGUUCUGUUCGUUAUUGAGCAUGUUUGUGUGCAAAUGUGCAAGUAUGUAAAUGUGUGUCUGCAUACUGUAGGCAUCUGUGUAUGACUGUGUAUGAAUGUGUGCGUGAUGAAUGCAGGCGCAGCCACCUGUGCGUGAGCGUGUCUUCAUGCGUGUGUAUCUCCCCUGUGCUCUGUGUGCUCAGGGCGGGGCGUAUCCAGGCUGUGUGUGCUGAGGGCUACCUGUGUGUGUCUGGCAGUGCAGAGUUCACCCCCAGGGGGCUCCAGGCUGACUGGAGCCAGUGUGAGUGGGGGGAGCAGUGUGCUGGGCCUUGCCCUCCAGGGUUCUAUUGCCCUGAGGGGACAGUGAGAGCAGAGGCGUGCCCUGCCAACACCAUUAGAACUGCCCCAGGAGGGGGAAAUAUCCAGGACUGUUUGCCUUGCCCUCCCCAGCACUGGUGUCUAGCAGGUGACCCAGUCCUGCACCUGUGUCCUGUAGGCCACUACUGUGAUGGGGUGGUGGGGAUGGACCAUGGAGGAGGGGCAGGGCCCAGGCCGUGUCCUGUCCACUCCUACAGACCCUCCCCUGGGGCAGGCAGCAAGGGAGACUGCCUCCCCUGUCCUCCUGGAUACUAUUGCAACUCUACGGGUCUGCCAGACUACUCUGGCCUCCCCUGCCCACCAGGACACUGGUGCAGUGGCAGGGGCACCCCCAUCCUCUGCCCAGGGGGCACCUUGAGGGCCCAGCCCUGGGCGGCUGAUCCCAGGCAGUGUGAGCCAUGCCCAGGGGGCAGCUACUGCCCUGACCCCUGGACCUCUGGCCGGCCCAACCUGGAGGGUGUAGCCUGCAGGGCUGGGUACCAGUGUCCUCCUGGUUCUGUCUCAGAAAGGCUGUGUAAGCAAGGCUCGUACUGUGGGCCACAGACAGCAGAUCCCAUUGUGUGUCCUGAAGGCUUUUACUGUCCAGAGGGCUCCUACACCUACAAUUCUGUCAAGCAACUGUGUCUGUUCCCCUACUACUGCCCAGCCAACAGCUCCACCCUGCAGGUCUGCGAGGGGGGGUCCAUGCCCCUCAACACCAGUGGGCCCCGGGGCUCCCGGGAGCACUGCUGUGCCAUGUGUGAAGGGGGGUCAUACCGCCCCCGCCAGUCCCCCCAGCCACACUGCCUGCCCUGCCCUCCAGGCUACCACUGCCCCCCAGGAUCAGAACGUUACCACGGUAACCCUUGUCCCCUUGGCUACGUGUGCCCCCCGCGCUCCCCCUCCCCUCUGCCCUGCCCCCCUGGUUCCUAUGGGAACCAGAGCAGCGCUGGUCGGCUGGAGGACUGCCACCCAUGCCCGCCUGGAACCUUCAACCAUCUGCCAGCCCAGAGAGCCUGCUUCCCCUGCGGCAGCUCCUCCACCUCCCUGCCAGGCUCCUCCUCCUGCACCUGCAUGGGUGAGAAUCGCGCUUUCCAACAUUCCGACGGGUCGUGCGUGUGCAGAACCGGCUUCGUCUUCUACGACGACCUGGACUUCAGGAGUUCCAGCGCCGACAGCCCUCAGGACUGUCAGCCAGAGGUGAACCGUCGCUGCUCCGGAGGGCAGGUGCGGCUGGCGGCCACCAGAGAGUGUGUCUCACCCUCCUUCUACUCCUGCAAUACCACCUGUGGCCUCCAGGGCGGCUGGCUGGACGUGGAGAUGGGCAUCUGCCAGUGUGAGAGCUACGUGUCAGCGGAGGAGCUGUGCGGUCUGUCCUGUCUGUCCAGUCUGCCCAAGGUGUCCGCCCACGUCUCACCUGACGGACAGCUGCUGCUGGGCAUCCGACGGAGGGAGGAGAGGGUCGGGACCAGGAAAAUGGCGGAGGUUUUAGGCCCAGAUGUCCAUGUCAACAACAUUGGAAACAUCCACUUUGUGGAGUUUGGUUCUGGAGGUGUGUUCGGUUGGAUUCUGACAGACACAGUCCUCAUUGAUAGGUUCUUAUCAGAGCCAAUAGAAGUGUUCAGCGCAGGCUCCAGGCAGAGGAGAGACUCAGAGAGCAGAGGAGAGAGGGUCCUGCCCCGGAUCCCCAACCCCAUCGUCUGCCUUUCCUCCAAUGACAUGAUCAUCUUCCUGCUCACCAUCAACCACACUGAUCGAGAAAGCAGCCAUUUCCCUGUCUACCAGAAGGACCACCUGUUUAACAGUAACCCAGGCUGGGACUACGGGCCCUUCAGAAGACUGGAGAUCCUGAUGAGACAAACCCAGUUCAACUCUACCAGGUUUGCUCAUGUGUUCUCCGAGCCAGGGAAGUACGUGCUGCUGGAUAACGCUGUGUCUGAGUGGAGCGUGGUGGUGGUGGUCAGUGAGGAGGGCACAGAGUGUGACCCCAGGUCGUCUGUCUUCCAGCCCAUGACCCCGGCACUGCUGGUCAGACACGGGGUGGUCAAGCAGCACAGACUCAACCUUCUGCCAGACUGGGGGAUCAUAGUGGGUGUGCUGAGUGUAGUGCUGGUCAUGGUCCUGGUUGUGACCACCACUGUCCUGGUUCUGAAGCCUAACCGGGACAGGCUGGUGUCCCAGGGGAGGCCCAAGCCUCGCUGGAGGAGCCUGGGUGAACCCUGCCGCCCCGUGGAGUACGUCUACAGCCAGGAGAGUAUGGACGCCCCAGGCCAGACAAGCAUGCUGGGCAACAGGGGAGAAGGGGAGGGAGCAGAGACUGAGGAGCCUGCAGUCUGCAGAGGAGACCCUGGCGGCAUGUCUGGGCGGGUAGAGCUUGAGGAGUUCAACGUGAAGACACUGUAUGACAAAAUGGAGGACCAGAACCUCCACUUGGCCUCCCAGCUGGCGCGCCACCGCAAGGACACCCAACAGUUCUACAAGCACAUGUGCCAGCACACCGACGCCCUCAGGGAUGUGUUGGAGAACAUGGAUCCUAAGAAGCUGAGUCAGUUUAAAGAGCUGCUGGACCGUGAUGUCAUGCAGGGUAAAGCCUGCACCAAUGGCAAGACAGAGGGAAGUAGCAGCGUCCAAUCAGCUCAGGCUGACCCCAAUGUGUUUCUACUGGGGCCUCUACUGCGGUCUGUGGAGGCGCUUCUGUACAGGCUGACAGGGGAGGCCUGGCAGGACCAGAACCAAUACCAGGACAGGGAUCAGAACCUGGAUCCGGAUCAGAACCAGGACCAGGGCCAGACCCUGGUGGGACAAGCUCACUGUCACUUAGAGGGUGGGGAGUGUGAGCUGCAGGCUGUGUACACACACCCUGACUACACACAGUUCUUCUCAGGUCAACUGACCCAGACUGGACCAGGCCCAGGAGCUCCCUCUCAUGGCUCAGUGCACCUGCAGAGCACAGCUCUCUGUCUGAGUGACCAGGACCUGUCCAACCUGGUGGCUGUGUCUCCUCUCUCCAGGACCCUGCAGGAGAUCCAACACUCCCUGCAGAACCUCACCUCAGCAAAACCCGCCAUUUCCGAGCAACCAUCCCAAGAAGAGCAACCGUCGCCAGGGCACCUGAGCCCGGUCGCCCUGAGCAACCUCUCCCCCCAGCACUGCGCCGUCUUCCUGUUCGGCUGCCAGGUCGUCCGGCUGCUCAGCUCCUCCCCCACAUUCCCGCCUGUCCUGCUCCUAUUGGCCAGAUCACUUCCUGCUUCCUCCCAUGAUGGCGUGCAAUUGGCCCAAUGCUCAGGGGACUAUUAUUAUGACUCCUCCCACCAGGUGCUGUACCUGUCUGAGGUAACUCUGCAGGAUGUUGGUCAGUUUAUCUCCACCAUCCUGCAGGCUAUGGCCUACCUAUCUUCAGGUUCCAAGCCCCAGAGCUUUAUGCAGAAUCUGCACAAGGCCAUCUCUGCCGUCAGCAGCCAGCUUUUCCACUCCUCUUUCACCAGCUCUGCCUCCACCCAGGCUGAGCCCCACCCCUCAGAGGAGACAGGGAGGACGUUGGUGGAGGACUUCAUCAAUGUCAGGGUUCCCACGGAAACACAGUUCACAGAACAUCUGCUGGCUGCCAGGCUCCAAAAAUAUCAAUACUUCAAGGUGGAGCAACUCUUGAAAGACCUCAGGAAGCCUUUUUCUGCGACCAACGAGAAGGGUCCCUCUCUGCACACUACACCGGUUGAGAGGUCCUGUGUCGAGCAGGAGAUACACCAUCUCAACCAGGUGUUCCUCCAGCUGAACCUGCAGCUCCAUAGCCACAUUCAGGAAGAUGAGGCAGCAGGACAGCCAUCUCUGAGCCGCAGUGGAACAGUCCUGCUGGAGCUGAAGAGACAGUACAUCUCCCAGCGCCUGGACCAGCUUCACAGCCUCCUGACCCGGAUCUCCCAGAACCAGCCGGACCAGGCAGACCCAGACCCCCAUCCCAGGGACCACGCACACCCAGCAGGCCCCAUGGAGCACCCACACACCCCUGUCCUGCCUGGACACAGCCUUGACCAGGAGGGAUACAGUGGGACACUGUCUCCUCAGAGCCCCACCCAGGCUGGAGACAGCCCAGCCCUGCCUCUCCACAGUCCCAGCCAGGGGGCGAGCCAGGAGGUGCUGGGUGGUCUGGUAGCUGGGGGUCAUGAUCCCUGAGGCACCGAGAUGACCUGGAUAUGCCCCUAAGAGGAGGGCAGGCAGCCAAGAUGUCCGUACCAGGAAACACUCACCUGGGGAUGUUGGAGACUGGGGAGGAGAAGCAGGAAGUAGGAGCAGGGCUGUGUGAAGAGUCCUAUCUCUCAGUGUGCUACUGGGUGUUGGUGUGUUGCUUAAUUUUUGUGUGUGAUAAAGCCAUCCUUAUUAACCAAUAAAUGUAUUUGUUGAAGAUGA